AUGUACAGGAAACUGAGAGGAACAUAUCCAAAAGUCACGUGGAAAAAGAUCAUUUGCAGCAACCAAGGUAGACCUAGAUGGAUAUUCAUCCUAUAUCUGGCACUGCAAGGGAAGCUAUACACAAAUGACAAAUUGAUUAAAUGGGGGAAGCAAUAUAGCCCUACCUGCCCACUAUGUGUAGCAGCUGGUGAAAGCAUACAACACCUUUUCUUCCUAUGCCCAAUAUCAGCAGGCAUAUGGCACCAGGUACUGCAGUGGAAAGGGAUUAUAAAACCAGUGCAAGGAUGGAUGGAUGAGCAAGCAUGGGCCAAACAACAUGGUACGGGUAACAGCGCAAAAGCAGAGCUAUAUAGGAUGACCCCUGCAGGAUGUGUUUACUAUACAUGGCAGGAGAGGAAUCAAAGGCUAUUUCAAAGCAAACAAAGGACAGAGGGAAGUAUACUGAGGCAACUAAUACAAGACAUUCACUGCAGAGGAGCAAGACUACCUAGACUAGCUAAACAACUUGAUGUACUUAAUUUCUAUCCCUAA